UUCCCUUCCAUUGACAGUUUCACCUAAUUUUUAUUUUGUCUUUCAGCCCUCUGCUUGUAUACUCUCAAAUAAAACAUACUCUUUGCAUAUUGCUCUCAACCCUUCUCAUCAUGAAGAAAGAGACGUCCGAGAGCUCUAUGCUAGCCGAUCCGGCACUCCUGGACAAGAUUGACAAGCUGUUCGCCUGCAAUGUGGGUGAGCAUAUUGCUCUCCCACAACUAGUCGUUGUGGGCGAUCAGUCCAGUGGAAAGUCCUCCGUCCUUGAAGGCCUCACCCAGCUCCCUUUCCCACGCGAUAGCGGACUUUGCACUCGGUUUGCCACACAAAUUAUUUUUCGCAGAGAUAGAGGCUUAUCGACUCGCAAAGUCAGUGCCUCUAUCAUUCCAGCAUCUGAUUCAGAUGUCGACCGUGCUGCUAGACUUAGAACAUGGCACACUGAGAGUAUCGACACCUUGGAGCCAAGUCGUUUCUCCAAAGUCAUGCAAGAAGUUCAUGAAUUGAUGGGAGUAGCUGAAAACUCAGCUCUAUCAACUUUCUCUAAAGAUGUCCUCCGCUUGGAGAUCUGCGGGCCGGAAGAGGACCAUCUGAGUGUCAUCGACGUGCCUGGAAUCUUCAAAAAUACUACUCCGGGACUAACUUCUAAGUCUGAUAUUGCCGUUGUUAGAGAGAUGGUGGAAGGCUACAUGAAGAACCCCCGGUCUAUCAUGCUUACCGUCGUUCCUGCCAACGUUGAUAUUGCUACUCAAGAAAUCAUCGAGAUGGCCCGCGAGUAUGACGCAGAAGGGGAAAGGACCAUUGGAGUUCUCACAAAGCCAGACUUGGUAGAUAAAGGUGCCGAAGAUAAGGUCCUUGAUCUUGUAGUAGGGAACAAGUUAUUUCUUCGGCAUGGUUGGACAAUAGUCCGCAACUUGAACCAACAAGAGCUGACGGACGGGAACACGGACCGUGAUGAGGCAGAAGAGGCUUUCAGUCAGAAGGCCCCUUGGAACACAAUUGCUAAAGAUAAAUUUGGCGUCAAAUCCUUGAAAUCUCGUCUCCAAGAAACUGUUACCGAGAAUGCACGACGGGAGUUUCCUUCGGUCCGGUCGGAAAUCAGUAAGAGGCUGAAGGAAGCCAAGAACUCCUUAAAGGCUCUUGGUAACGAGAGGGAGACGCCAGAGCAGCAAGUCGGUUUUCUGUUAGACAUUAUGAACAAAUUUCAGGAAAUCACUUCCCAAGCGCUGAGUACGAGCUACGGCGAGAAUGAUAUCUUCGACGAGCAUGUGGACCUUCGACUUGCCACCAGGGUUGUCACCCGAGACACAGCUUUUGCAGAAGACCUCGAGCGAUAUGGCCAUGAAUACAACUUCGACACUAGUGUCAAAAAGACCCCUGAUUCAUCUGACGCAAAUUCUACGACAGCGCCUUCAGACGAAUCGGAGGAUGUGAACGAAUUCCACACUCGAAAGACUGGUAGCAUGCCAGAACUUGAGGAUGUCGUUACUGAGCAGACCUGGGAAUCUGUUCCUUCGGACAACGAUAUUUACGAGUGGCUAAAACAGCUAUACCAAUCAUCUCGUGGUUUCGAGAUUGGCACAUUCAAUACCUCGUUGCUUGCUACUAGCAUGAAAAAGCAAUCAGCUAAAUGGUCUAACUUUGCUAAGGGGUACAUCAGUGACGUGAUUACAAUUGUUCAUGGAUUUAUCGUUAAGACACUAGAGAUUGUCUGUGUGGACAGACGCGUAUUCAACAACCUUCUCUCAAUCAUGAUGGAUAAUCUACUGGACAAAUAUCAGCGUGCCCUGACACAGGUGGACUUUCUGCUCCAUGUGGAACGUAACCAGGCGCCCAAAACACUCAAUCACUAUUUCAACGAAAAUCUCCAAAGAUGCCGCCAGGAACGCCAGCGUUGUAAGCUUGAAAGUAAAGUCAUCAACGACAACUAUGGUGGAGAGGUCGUUCGACUGGAAGACCUUACUGUGCUAAAUCACAUGAGCAACUCUGAGUACACGGUUCAGGAUAUUCAUGAUAUCCUCGAAUCUUACUAUAAGGUAGCUCGGAAACGAUUUGUGGACAACAUUUGCAUGCAAGCAGCAGAUUAUUAUCUUGUCACCGGGCCGGAGACCCCAACCAAGCUUUUCUCGUCAUCUUUGGUUAACAAACUGUCUAAUGAUGAGCUCGGGGACAUAGCUGGCGAGGAUGCGUCCACUGUACGGCGGCGAAUUAAUCUGAAGAAGACGAUCAGUGAGCUCGAAGAGGGUAGGAGGAUAUUGUUCUAAGAACAAUUGCUGCUUGGGAGAAUAGCGCAGCGAACUAAGGUUGCAGUUUUUUGAGAUAGGAGAGCUAAACAUGUGGGUAUUUGAUAGUGUGAAAUAAGAGCGGAUAUUGAAUGAAACGCCAACAUUUCGGC